AUGCGACCGACAGAUAAGCAGUCGCUUAUCUCAGUUGAUGUCCGCGAGAGAGCUUGAAUUAUGAAUAUUAGCUCUGGUUUCUUGUUCUGACUUGGGUUUCGAGCAUUCAUCCCAGCCUGUUCGUCAUUCAUUGCGAAUAUCAAUAUAUUCUACAGAAUAAAGUGUGGAAACAACAGUUCAAAGAAACCAGAGAGAAAAAAACAAAAUGAGCGGACAAUCUCCAAGCCAGAGAGUAGCAAAACCAGACGAGUGUGACUAUGCCCUGGUCCAAGAUAUGGGAGAAGGAUUCCGCCGAGGGACGUCCAAGAUCUCGGCCAUCGGAACAUCAUUCACGAUGGUCUAUGGAGAGUGGGUGGCUGCUGGGAGCACAGAUGGAGACGAGAGCCCGGUGGUCAUCUGCAUCCAUGGAACACCAGCAACAGAGGGAGCUUUUCGGCCGUUGGGCAGCAGGAUAGCAGCUGAGGGGUAUAGAGUGUUAGCUGUUAAUUUCCCAGGUAUGGGAUACACUGAGAUGGACAGCGAAAGACGCUUUGAUUUCUCCGUUACCCACAAAGCUGAGCUUGUCAAGGCUUUUAUCUUUAAAUUAGAGAUAUCCAGGGUAACAAUGCUGAUAGGUCAUUCCACUGGAGGUCAGGUCAUAGGUCAUUUGGCUGCUGAUCGCGAUUUAGAAAACAUCGUCCAAUCAGUGUGCUUCCUGUGCAGCACAGGCGUACAGCCUUAUGGCUCUCAGAAAUACAGCAUGGUCCCCUACUUACCCUACCUGCUCUACAGAGCAAUAUACCUUCCAGUUCUUGGUCCAGUCCUCAUGUACCUGGCCUCGAUGGUAGUCCACAGGUUGGGAUUCCGGGCCAAGACCCCUGAAGCCGGAGUCAUGAGCAUCUAUGAAGGCCAUCAGAUGAGAUUUGAUGUGUUUGCCAAGGAUUUGACAAGACUAGGAGAGAGGCAGAUACCGGUACUGUUAGUCUAUGGCUUGAGGGACAGGAUAGUUGAGCCAGAGUCGAUACCAGAAAUCAUCGCUUUACUAGAUAUCCCAGAGAGCAACGUGAAGGAGUUCAAUGAUGAAGAUGAACCCAAUAUAACAUUCCAUGGUGAUUCCGUGAGACGGGUGGUGUGCUUCAAGACGGGAACCCAUCGGCUCCACUUCAAGAAAACUGAACUGGUCCUAGAAGAGAUUUUUUCCUUUCUCGGAGCUCUCAGCAAAAAAUCCAGAUGAGAAAAACUCUCUCCAUCUGCGACCUGUUUCAUGAAAUCCCUCUAAUCCUUAAGGUGAUGGACAUCCUGCAGGAACUUGUUAUUUCUACAUCGUGCAUAUUUGUGGAUUGUUGAAGCUAAAUUUAUUAUACUUAUGGAUGUUUCUGAAUGCAAGCCAAGUCUCUUUAUUCAGAUCCAAAGUCUGUCUUUUUGUAGGUUGGCUGGAUGAAGUCCUGGGGAGUCAGCGUUGAACCUUGUAUUUCACUGGUUCAGAUUUCCAAUGCUUGACCAGUCCAUUCUCGAAGCUGUGGACACCUGGUGCAUUUGCUAAACUAUCACUAAGACUAACCAUAAGUCAGUCAGCCAGAUUUUAAAUCAAGUUUAGUCCCAGACUACAAGGGUGGCCGAUUCACCUCGCACUCACAAAGAUCUUCCUCACCUCUCCCUCCACUUUACUCUGUUCGGUGCAUCCUCCUCCCUCAACCCAACUCUCCUACACUCCACCACUUGUUUC